ACCGGAAGUGAUAAUGCGGUUUGAGUUGAAAGGUCAUACUGACUAGGAAGGUUUGUUGUGCUAACUAGUUUUGCCAUCUUUUUACAGCAAGGAACGCUUCAAAUAUGUCCGCGUCUGAAGAUUACGAAGAACAAGAAGACACAGCGACCACUGUUCCAUCCGUCCUCAUUACGAGCUGUGACAUUGGCUUUAAUGAACAAGAUUUGAUAAAACAGAUUCUAGGCACCACAUCGUUGCCAGAGCCGUCCAAGCAGGAGGAUACGGUAGUGUGGUACCCAUGGACUAUCAACAACAAGUAUUACACAGCAGACGUCAGCCUCUGUGUGGUGCCCAGUACCUACCAGAUGACCUCGGAGAUAGCCCAGUCCAUGCAGGCUUUCAUUGCUUACUUUGACAGCACAGUGAAGGAUGGUUUGGAGCGGCUGUCUCCCUGGAUAUCUGUGGUGGAAGACUUGGCUCCAGAGGUGCUCAUCCUGGUCUGUGACCGCGUGUGUGAAAGCGGUGUCAGUAGACAUGAGGCACAUCAGUGGUGUUUAGCACAUGCCUUUGAGUUGGUGGAACUCAGCCCUGAAGACCUGCCAGAUGAGGAAGAUGACUUCCCAGAGUCUACAGGAGUGAAGAGGAUUGUCCAGGCUCUCAGCGCCAACGUGUGGUCCAGUGUGGAGAUGAAGGAUGAACACAGUGGGGGCUUUGGUCUUAUGAGCAGCUUGGUGGCCUCCAGACAUAACAACCCACGGCCCAGGCAGGAUACACCCCCACCGUCCUCCAGUCUGCCAGUAGAGGGUGUAGUAGACAGUGGGGAGCCUCACAGGACUGAACCCAACCCUGACGACCGAGACACACAGGUUGACACCAUAGUAGAUCCGAUGCUUGACUUGGACAUCCAGGAGCUGGCUAACCUGACGGCUGGGGACGCGGAGAACUUCGAACGCCUCUUCACCAAACUGAAGGAGAUGAAAGAUAAAGCUUCCUGGUUACCUCCUGAACAGAGGAAACUUCAUGCUGAGAAGGUUGCCAAGGCGUUUUGGACGGCCAUCGGAGGAGACCAGGAUGAGAUAGAAGGCCUGUCGUCAGGGGAGGAGAGUUAAAGGGAGACUGAGGAGUCACGCUCUUCCUUCCUGUCCCCAGUCCUCCCCUUCCUGUCCCCAGUCCUCCCCUUCCUGGGGCUCCUUUCCUUCCUGUCUCCAGUCCUCUCCUUCCUGUCCCCUGUCCUCUCCUUCCUGUCCCCAGUCCUCUCC